GUUCUACAGUGCUGUACCGGCCGGUACGUUCGAGUAGCUGGUACAAGUACGAGUACUCAACACACGUACGGUAUUCGGAAUCAUCGGGGAACGACACAACGGAGUUUUCGAAACAAACAUUCGUAACUGUUACAGUUUGUCAUAUUCUUUCUUCUUUCGUCUACCAGUACUGUAUCGAUCGAUCAAUUGAUUCCGUACGGUUCGGUUCGGAUUGCUCGAGCUUUACUAGCCUGUCUCGUCGGCGCGUGUUCCGUGCCGUGCGAUGCGAUGCGAUGCGAUGCAAUGCAGCACAGUAGAAGCUGUACGGUGCCGCUCAAUGCUUCUGCUUCCCGCUUGCGUCGCCUAAAGCAAUGGUCUCUUUUGGCGGUGGGUUUUUUCCUGGUGCCCCUUGUCGGGACGUACUGGCACCUCUGCAAGUGGCUCGCAGCGGAAGGGUGCGUUCUCCAUCGGCACAGUGCCGUGUUUGUGGACAACAAUAGCACUCGGUUAUCUGGAUCAGCACCAGAAGCAACAUUGCAUGACCACCAAUCACUCCGGGGCCUCGCCUGCAAGGGAAGAAACGGUCGCGGAGGCAGCAACAACACACCCUAUUCCCACGGAUAUUUCAUUGACGCCGGAUCUUUUUUACGGAGCCCUCCACCAGGCAUUGCCCGAUUGGUCACGAUGGUAAACGAUGCCCGAGCCUCGGGGUUGCUGUUGCAACCACAAAACAAAAACCAGCUGCGGCAGCUGUUGCAACAGCAGCAGCAGCAAAAAACCAGUAACGCUGCUGUUAUUGUCGGUGAAAACUCUUACCGGUUCGACUACGCGGAAGAAUACAGAUCGCCGUGGCCGUUCGUGUUGCCAGGAUUUCGGACUUCCGGAACACCGGACGAGAACGAUGUUUCUGUUUCCCCGUCUUCCGGGAAAACCGACACCGGAUACGGCUUUCGGAGGAACCCCGACAAACCCACCGGUCGAAUGUCCCCUUCCGAGUCGACCGCCCCGAUCGCAACGUAUUUCUGGAUGGUCCUCAACGUGGGCCUCUACGGUUGGUACUGGCACAACAAGGUCGAACCUUCGGGCGUCGCCCUCGACGGAAACCUGCUCGGAGACGGUGAAACCGGCAGCGACUUUGGCCGGGCACUCAGCGGCAACCUAGCGCAUUUCGAGAUCUGGCACGUGGGACUCAACACAAUGUCCCUGCUGUCGCUGGGGACUAUGCUGGAAACCACAUCGACCGGAAGCAUCGGGCUCUUUCUGUGGACGGCAUCCUUUCUGGCGCUGACCACCGUUGGGGUGGUGGCAUUGCACGGGAUCGACCGCAGGUUGAGGUGGCGGACGCAACAACAAGAGCAACAACAGCCACGGCGACGGUUUCCGUCCAUGGUGGGAUUUUCCGGGAUUUUGUUUUGCUGGUCGGUGGCCUCGACACUCUCGCUUCCGGAUCGGACGCAGACCUGUCCGAUCCCGGUCCUGGAGAGCCUGUGUUUCGAGACCCACCGAUGGGGUGGUGCGAGCAACGGGACCUUCGGCUUUGGCCUCGACUUUAGCUGGGCACCCCUCGUCCAGCUCGCGGUGGUCCAGGUCCUGCUGCCCCGCGUCAGUUUCACCGGGCACCUCUCGGGGCUGCUGGUGGGAUUUGCGUGGCACUGGGGGCUGCUGCCUCCCCUGGAAUGGUCCCAGCCCUGCAUCUCGUACCCGGUUCUGUGGGCCCUGGGCAAGCAGGCCCUGUACCGAGGGCACGGCCGCCGCGGCCGCGGAGACCACGAAUGGGGCAAUCCCUCGGCCGAUGACGGUGCCUCCGGUGUCCCCGGCGGGGGCCGCGUGCUGGGGGGCAGCAGCAACGGCGGCGGCAGAACGGGCAACCGGUGGGGAUCUUCGUGGGCCUCCGAGGCACAGACCAGCGAAAGCGAGGACCAACUGUUGGCCCUGCUGAAAUACCUAUGCGGUGCGGCUUGCCUCCACGGCGCGGGGAUGGUGUGGGCAUACCGGGGGAUUCCAGAUCGAUUUGUGCUAUCGGAAAGCGUCGUUCUUUCGGAACUGCUGCUGGUUGGGCUCCUCGUCCUCUUUGCUCGAUCCGUAGAAACCAGUGGCAACAGGAAGACGAAUGCAAUUCACCAGCACCACUGCAAUCCGUUUGCAUCGGUCGGGAUCCUCGGCCGUGCCUACGUGGCCUUUGCCGUUGUGGCACUGAUCACGGAUUCCAUGACCCUUGGCGGGUGGCUGGCCACGGCCCCGCUUUGGAAACCGGGAGCGCCUCUCGGGGGGCCCAGCCCGCUCUUGGGGCAUGGGUUCGACCCCGGUCCGCCGCCGGCGGUCCUUCUGUGGGCCGCGCGGCUCGGCCUCUGGGUGGCUUCGGCCGGUGGCGUUUGUUUUGCGCUGGAACGGGCCGGCGAAUUCCAAACGGAGCGGGAACGCGGAACCGCCGGGAUCUGGACCCGCGUUCUCGGCCGGACGGUGGCCGAACCCCUGGCUUCGCUCGGGAGGCACGCCGCCGGCCCCCACCGGCGGCUGCCCCUGGUUUCGCCGGCUUCCGCAGGGGUCCGAGGCGCGAGCGGUCGGCGCGGGGACCCGCCCCCGGACCGGAGGGAGAUCGGCGCGAGGCGGGCAAAAUUCUUUUCCGCCCGGAGCAAGGGGAGGACCAGCGCUAAGCCCCCCGAGAAUGCGCCGUUUGGCGGUGGGGAGGCCGCCGGCGUUGUGUGAAGCACGCGACGACAGAGGCAGACACAAACGCAGACGCAAACGCA